AAUGGGCUGAGCUUCAGUUCCUCAGCACUGUAUCUGACACAGACAUGCACUGUCAACGCUAGCUGCGGUGUAUUCGUUUACGUGGACCGGGCUUUGUAGACGUAGUGUUCGUUAGUACCGUCGCAGCAUCUCAGAAAAUCCGAACAAAUGAUGCGCUUCAUGCUGCUCUUCAGCCGGCAGGGGAAGCUGCGGCUGCAGAAGUGGUACACAGCCACAGCUGAGCGUGACAAGAAGAAGAUGGUGAGGGAGCUGAUGCAGAUAGUGCUCGCCCGCAAACCAAAGAUGUGCAGCUUCUUAGAGUGGAGGGACCUCAAGAUUGUCUAUAAAAGGUACGCCAGCCUGUAUUUCUGCUGUGCAAUUGAAGAGCAGGACAAUGAGCUGAUCACACUGGAAGUCAUCCACCGCUUCGUAGAGCUGCUGGAUAAAUACUUUGGCAGUGUGUGUGAGCUUGACAUCAUCUUUAACUUUGAGAAGGCCUACUUCAUCCUAGAUGAGUUCCUGAUGGGAGGAGAGAUCCAGGACACGUCUAAGAAGAGCGUCCUCAAAGCCAUAGAACAAGCUGAUCUACUGCAGGAGGAGGACGAGUCGCCCAGGAGCGUGCUGGAGGAGAUGGGCCUGGCGUAGUACACAGCAAGGUUGUGAGAGACUAUAGAUACUGAGGCAGAGGGCUGGAUGAGAGGGGGGGCUGGGCAGAAUCUGGGAUUGAACAUGCUUGGACUGACAGCGUUGGGUUCUGUGUAUGUGUUGCUCUGGGGACUGACGUGCAGCGUUUAACUGGGGGAGAGACUCAUUUAAGAAUGGAAGAUCCUUGCAUUGACAGGCCCUUUAGCUCUGUGUGUGUGUGUGUAUAUGUGUGUGCGAUCUGAGCGUGGGGUACAAGACAGGGGAUACAUUUAAACUUGUGAGUGGCGGGGGGGGGGGGUUGAGAUUUUUUAAAGGUCUGGAGUCCAGCUUCGCUCAUCAGAGAGGUAAAAUAAGAUGGACGCUGAUGUAUGAGUCACAGUGAGGCAGCUUGGCAGUUUGACUGACGCUUUGACGCAAAGAGGGGGCUGAACAGACGCCUUCUUAAGGUUUGUAGGUACUGAACGUGGACUGAGACUAGGUCAGGGGUUUGGGUAAUCACAUAAGGGCGCAUCACUCAAAUUAUAAAUCUGACGUUAUUUUAUAUAUUUUUUUGUAUUGUGAGCAUUUCUCAUGAAAACCAACUGCUUGUUACUCUGUUUCUCAAAACUUUCUGUUACCCAGACUCUGUCAUGGACACUCAGCUCCAGGCCUUUUGGUUUUUACUGAACACAAAUCUUAAAAAGCAGUACGGUUGGUUUUGGUCUGCACGAGAUUUGGUAACAAUCGGAAAAAUAUAGAAUCACCAGACCUUUUAAAGGUCCAGCGUGCUGGAUUUAGUGGCAUCUAGUGGUAAGGUAGCAGAACUGAAUCUUCUCCCGUGUGCCAAGUAUGUAGAAGAAACGUAGGUGGCGAAAAUGUGAAUGGCCCUAUCUAGAGCCAGUGUUUAGUUUGUUUGUUCUGGGCUACUGCAGAAACAACAUGGAGGGCUGAGUUGAAGAAGACCUGCUUCAUAUGUAGAUAAAAACAGCCCAUUUUAACAAAAACCCACAAAAAAGUCUUAUUUUUAAGUGAUUAGAAAUUAAACCAUACAAGGGAAGCACAAUAUAGGAUUUCUUGCUGAUAUCCAACAUUCCGAUAUAUAUUGACUCAUUUGGCCGAUACCAAUACCGGUAUUGAUCAGGUCUCCUCUGUUAUAGAAAUAACAUCAUAUUAUGCAUACUCAUAUCAUGACGGCCCACCAAUAGUAAUAUACCAAUGUAAUAUUCAUCUGUUGUGCAAAAUAUGAAAAAAUACUUCAGUUUAGGGUUGAUGUUUUGUCAAUUUGUCAAUUAAAAUAAAUAAAUAAAUACAUAUCAGUUUAUCAUAUCGGCAGAAGUCACCAUGUUGUGCUGAUAUUUCAUUUUAAAGUAUCUGUCCAUACAGAUGGUGUGCCGAAAUUAUUGUGCAUCCCCAGUAAUGAAUAUUGCAUACUAUUUCUAUAGAUGCCCCUAAAUCCAGCACACUGGACCUUCUAAAGUGAAAUUCUGUAUUUAUACAAUCCUGUCUCCUAUUGGUUAUUUACAUGACAACAAAAAAACAAGGAAAAUAGCACUCAAUGUGCUGGUGAAAAACACAAACAGAAUGUCUGUUUUCUUUUUAUUAUACUUUUUGGGUUUGUUUGUAGUCUAAGUUUGUGUAAAGGGUCAUUUGUUAAAUUACACCUUACCUCUUAUAUAUUUUCUUUUCUAUCGUUCCAACCAGUUACAUUAUUAUAACCAAUAGGAUUGAGGGCCAUAACUGCAACCCGAUUUCUAAAAAAGUUAAUGCACCAUCAAUGCUGAAAGGUGCAUACAGGUUUUGGAGCAACAUAUGCUGCCAUCCUGAUGACUUUGUCAGGGGCGCCCCUGCUUAUUCCAGCAAGGCAAUGCAAGCCACAUUCCUCACAUGUGACAAUAGCAUAGCUUCUUAGUAAAAGAGUGUGGGUACUAGACCAGCCCUCCUGCAGUCCAGACCUGUCUCCCAUUGAAAAUUUUUGGCACAUUAUGAAUUGCAAAAUGCAUUAAAGAAGAUGCCGGACUGUUGAGCAACUUAAAUUGUAUAUCAGGCAAGAAUGGGAAAGAAUUUUAAUUUCAAAACUUUAAUAUUUAGUGUCUUACUGAGUGUUGUUCAAAGAAAAGAUGAUGUGACACACUGGUAAACAUGCCUCUAUCCUAACAUUUUUGGAAAUGUUAUUGGCAUCAAAUUCUGAAUAAGUGCAUUUUUACAAGUUUAUCAGUUUGAAUAUCAAAUGUCUUGUCUUUGUACUAUACUCAGUUGAAUAUUCUGUAGGUAAAAAAAAACAUUUAAGCAUCAUUGCAAUCUUUUUUUUAUUUACGUUUCACACAGUGUCACAGCUUUUUUGGAAUUGGGGUUGUGCCACAGAAGACAGAGGUUGUAAGAACACAGAAUUGUUUUCUGGCUCCACUCUCUAAUUGUUCUUAUACUACGUAAUCCUGAGGUGUUGUCAAAAACAUCUGUCAGUAUAUUAUUACAAUUAUUGGAACUAAACUUGAUGUUUUAAACAGAUCUCCAGACUUUUCUCAUAAAGGCAGAGUUGUACUGUUUGGAAUUCAUUCCAUUAUGUAGGUGUGGAUUGUGAAUAAUGAACCAAAGACAAUUGAGAUUUGCAUCACAGUUUAUAUUACUUGUUUACAUAUGAGCCAUGCAUAUGUACCAUACCUGGAGUGAUAAACCAGAUGGGAUGAAAAUGUCAAGUGUGUCUUAUGCAAUUUAACAAAGUGCAACUGAGAAUCACAUCCCACUUAGUUUUCCUCUAGACAGCAGGAAGUAACCACUGAGAUUGAAUGAAAAGGAACAGUUCAGCCUUGAGUCGUUCUGCUGGUACUACUAACUGGUACUGUAUAUUAGGGCUGGGUUUAAAUCCCAAGGCAAUUAGAAUAAACUGAAUUUUAGUAAAGUAUAUCUUAUAGUCCCAUACAUAUUUUUACAGUGUUUUAUCUUUUAUUUUGAUCAUCCCAGUUGCUAGAGAAAAUGUUGGCAUUGUACCUGUCUGCAAACCACCAAUGAUGUAAAUUCGUACAUUUCAUAUGUAGUGGUAAAGUUGAACCAUCUCACUUGGGUUUCAUGGCAUCCACCACUCCCCCAACCUCCUAAUGACAAAGUCAUUUCAUAUGAAUGUAAUCUACUACAUCUCUAUAGAAAGGUUGAUAUGCUGUGUAUGAAAUGUACAAAUGAAACAUGUCCAUAAUUUGCAGAAAUGUACAAAGCCAACAUGUUCUUCUGGUGACCAGGCUGUUUUGAAUGAAUGGUUGUUUCUGAUGUUGGUGAUCUAAAUUUAAUGAGUAUGUGAAAUGCUGUCUUAGACAGGAUGAGCAACUGCUGCUAGAGCAAUGGAAGUCAGUAAAGGAAAAGAGUGGGAUCACAUAUAAAUGCUCACCCUGUAAGUGGUGCUUGAGUCUUUAACUGUCAUUUAAUUUAAGCAAGGUGCGUUUCUAAAACAGUUGUAUGUCUCUAACCAGUUCUGAACGUAUUCUGUAGGGGUGUAACAGUUUAUCAGGGUCAUAGUGUGUCCAUACCUCAGCCUACACGGCCUACACUCUUAAAAAUAAGGGUUCUAAGAGGGUUCUUCCUGAAGGACUGAGGUUAUACCCAGAGCCAUUUGCUUCUUCAGAGCUCAUUUUUAAAGAAGGGUUCUUUAUAAGACUAAGGGUUUCAUAGAGAGCAGGGUUUCAUAUCCAAAGAAUCCUUUUUUUUGGGAGGAAAAAGUUCUUUGGGAGUUCAUUGAUUGUUGAAAGCAUGGGUACUAAAAUAUCUCCACCCUCAAUUAUUAUGUUUACCCAUGAUUCAAAUGGUAUUUUUAAAUGUAGAUGUAUCUGCAAUCUCCUUAAUCAAUUAAUUUACUUGUGUUCUACUAUAGUUGAUAUCUUUACCAUCAAUUUAUGCCACAUGCCAAUUCAACAUGGUCUACCGGAAUUCUUUUUUUUUUUUGGGUACCCGGUACUUGGAAUUUUGAGUUCUAAUUUGGAACCAAAUUUUGGUUUCCAACCAUUCUGGAUCUUGACCCUUCCUGGUAGAGCCUUUUAUAAAGUUUCCACUUGGAACCCCUUCAUACUCCCUUUCCAAUAAAUGAGCUCUGGUUCUUGAAUUAGAAUUGGCACUACUGAAAUAGCAAAAGGCUGUAGUGGUAGUGAUUUCAGAAAAUCUCCCCAAAAAAUGCAAUUGUGAACCAUGAGUCUGUUGGUUGUGCUGGACCACAUCAGACCAAAGCUGCUAGGUAAAACACAAACCUUAAUAAUAUAAUCUAAUUUGAUCAGUUACUAUUUAAGUGUUCCCCUGGGUGAAUUCCAGAUGAAAUCCUUGGAAUAUUGAAUGUUUUUUUAGGCAGAAUCUCCUAGGGGGGUUCUUGUUAUGUUCACCUAGGUUCCAGGAGCUCUGAAUGCAACCAAUUCAAGAACCAAAGCUAAUUUGGUGGAAAAGGGGUAUGAAAAGAUUCCAGGUGGAACCUGUAUAAAAGGUUCUACAAGGAACCAACAAGGGUUCUUCUGUGAAGACAAGCCGAAGAACUCUUUGUGGUUCUAGUUAGCAGCUUUACUUUUGAGAGUGUAGAUCAACAUACUGUAAAACAUGGUUAUUUAAUGAAAGGGAAAGAUGUAUUUUCUCUUCUUACUUCCUUCAGUUUGACUUAGUUUGAACCGUCUCCGAAUCAGAAGAAACAUUUAGAAUCUUUGAGCAAAUACAAAAAAAAAGGGUCUACGCUCACACAAUCAUUGAAUCCAACACCAUUUGUAUCUGUCUGCUUUUAACAUUUGCGAGGCCCUAUAGAGAGUGAAUAUGUGAACUGUUGCACCACUGCUAUUUAGUUAGUGUGUGUGCUGGUGUGAUCUUAUGUUUUGCAUGACAUGUUUACUUCAUAAAAUGCUGUGAACGGGGAUAAGUGUUAGCUAUAUCUUUGCAAUCACGUAGGGUUUGCGCAAAGCUCAUAACUGAUUAUCUUAUAUAGUGACUGGAAAAACUCCAUGCAAGGCAGUAAGCUAUUGCAAGCAGUCUUAUCCAUGUUCACACAAAUGUUAACUUUCUUGAAAUUAAUAUAUUUAAAAUAUUCAUCAAAUCCUAACUGACUAAGUGACCAUGCAGUAGUGUUUUCUACUAGCUUCCCAUAGACUUUUAAUUAGAGCUAGGCUAUAUCUACAAAAUCUCUCUAUCUUGAGGUCACUUGUUAUAUUAUGACAAUGUAGGGUAUCAGUAUCAGUGCUUCAUAAAGAUCUUUAAUCUAAAAUAGGGUUGAGUGACAUAAAAAAAUGUAUGAAUUAUCAUUUCACGCUGUUAAAACUGAUAUUUUUUAAAAUAAUUUCUUUAAAACUAUAUCACCUUAUUAAUUCCAAAUAAUUUUUCACUGGUUAUUGCUUACUUAGAUUUUGUUACAUAUUAGUUAAUCCUACAGAGGAAAAUCUUCCUCGUAUUGCCUCAAAAUGUUUGCAUGUUUUUCAUUUGACAGGGAUCUAAUUUAUAUAAUGGGGUUCUUAACAAACGCCUCUUUCUUGAUUCUAAAUGAAGUUUCUUUGUUUCGUGCUCUCAUGUGACCUGCUGAUCAUGUUGCUCGCUUAUUUGUACAGAAAAAGAACAUCAAAGUGAAUAUUGGACUGUUACUGCAACACUGUUCUCUAAGAAGGUACUUCAUCCUCAAAAGACCUACGUGCAAGUGUACCUUAUGGAAAAGCUAUGAAAAGGUGGAAGUCAUUGGCAGGAACAGGCAGCAGGACAGUCAGCCUGAAACUGUCUGAAGAGAUUUGCGUCAUUUCAGCUGCAGCGCUGCUGUCUGUGAACAGCGAUGACUAAUCCUUUGUUUGGAAUGUUAGUCUGUGUUUUAAGAGUUAAGGGCUCACUGUUUGAUCUGAUUGUUUUCUUUGUCGACAUGUAUUUGAACUAAUGGUAAAGAAGAGCAUGUGGGGAAGAGGCGCAGUAUGCUGAAAACUGCUGCAAAACAAAGACACCAGAUUGUCGAAGUGUGCACAGUGUAUGAAAAAGCAUUAGCGAGAAAUUAGUUGAGUUCUGAAAUUGCAUGUUUUUAAAGGUAACUGUAGUAUUUUUCAACCUGGACCCUCUUUUCCAAUGUUCUGUGUUUAAGUUAGCUGCGAAACAGGCUGCAAAGGAAUGACUAGGGGCAUAUGAACACGGUCAAUGCACCUUCAUUAAAAGGGCUUAUUUUUGCACCUGACAUGCUCAAAUUGUUAUUCUAUGCAACUGACAACUUUGUGGAAAGCAUCCCUACAAAGUAAAAGGUCUGUCUCUGUAGGGAUCGUAUCAACGAGUUGCCAGACUUCUAAUAACAGUCUGAGCCUGUCACUGGCAAAAACAAGCACUCUUGGUGGAUGUACAUUAAAGGUUUUGGUGAUUGCACUUUAAGGGCUUUCUCAACUAAAGCAAAAAGGAUCUUACUCUUUAACAAAAAGGUCUAUCUCUGUAGGGAUCCUGCUAAUGAGUUGCCAGACUUCUAAUAAGAGCCUGAGUCAAUCAGUUGUAAGAACAUCCUCUUAGGUAUAUGUGGCGCUUUCGGGGCGGUUUCUCGUUAAACAAAAGAAUCUCACUCACAAAAAGGUCUAUCUAUGUAGGGAUCUUUUCCAAAAGUUGUCAGAUUUCUCAUAAUAGCCUGAGCCUGUCUGUGGCAAAACCAAGCAAUUUUGCUGGACUUUUAUUAAAGGGGCAAUGGUGAUUUGGGGCUGGUUAAACAAAAAAGAUCUUACUUUUGACAAAAAGAUCUAUCUCUGUAAGGAUCCUUCCAGAAAGUUGUAAAACACUUCAAUCUGAGCCAAAAACAAGCACUCUUGGUGGUCAUAUUAUAAAGGGUUUGGUGAUUGCGCUUUCAGGGCUUUUUCCAGUUACACAAAAAGGAUCUCAAUCCUAAAAAAAAAGGUCUGUCUCUGUAGGGAUCCUUCCCACAAGUUGUCAGACUUCUAAUAAUAGUCUGAGCCUGUCAGUGGCAAAAACAAGCACUUUUGGUGGACCAUAUUGAGGAGUUUGGUGAUGGUGCUUUAGGGGUGGUUUCUGGGAAAACAAAAAGGUCUAUCUCUGUUGGGAUCCUUUUAGUAAGUUGUCAAACACUUAGAAUAACACUCUAAGCCUGACAGUUGAAAAAACAAGCACUUUUGAUGGAUGUGAACUGACGGUGCUCAAUUGCCUGUAGAAAUUACAUUGCCAUCUGUUUUUCUGCUUCUGGCUGCAGCUAUCUUUCUCAAUACUGGACCAAAUUAAAAAAUCGUUAUUUCUGUUAGUCACAUAGACACAGAACAAUAGGAAAAUAGGGCCCAAGCUGGAAUGUAUUUAAGGUACCCUUCAAUGCCCUUUCUUCGAACCUUUAACCUAAACCUCAAGACUUUUUGUUCUGUGGCCCUAAAGGCCCUAGUAUGCUUGAAACAAAAGUGCUCCAUGUUGUCCGAUUCUGUCUGAAAGCAAACAUGUUUGUAGCUGUUCUGAAAAACCACACUGGAAGGCUACCCUCCUCCCGCCGGCAUCCCACUGCCUCCUCCAUCUCUAAGAACUUAAUUUCUCUGGCGUAUCUUUGUCGUCAUGAUGCAAUAACGGCUCAUACUUUCAGACAGUCUCUCUUUGAAGGCAUUUUUGGUGUUGUGCUCUGUUGUACACGUGCAUAAUGAUGGUGGUAACGGUACUUUACACCUCCACAAACCUGGUCUAUGGCUGCGUGAGGUGGCUUUGUUUGUUGUUUUAAAUAAAGUUACCAGAAUUGAACAUCUGAAAUUGCCUUCAGAAAGUGGGUUUGAGAUGUUCAAAGUUCUGACAAACACUUCCUCCUCACAUUUCUUCUGUACAUUUGAUAUUUUACUGCUUGACCUCUGUUUUCUCCUUCAAAGGGACAUUAUUUGAAUAGUGUGUUGAAUGUUUUUCUGUCUCAGUUGAGUGAGAUUCUAUUUAAUACCCAAUUUGAACUUUGUCUUUGGUCAAUCAGCUCAUCAUAUGCAAUGACUUAAUCGAUUUGGUGAUUGUGUUGUUGUAAUUCAUGUGAAGAAGAAUGAAGAUAAUCUUGUUCAAAGUAGUUUGGUCCCUUGGAGGAAGAGAAGAUGAGACAGCGCACGGGUCAGAAUGCUGUAAAGGGCCUAAGUGUAGAAAAGCAGAAGCUCUGUGAAUCUGUGUAACACAGGGAAAGGCUAAAGGGACUCAGUGUGUGAAUGUAAUUUUAUAAAUAAAUAAUACAUUUUAAGCUAAA